GUGCGGAGUGCGGAGCGGAUAUGCAUUUGUGGCUGUGGCUUUGUGGCUGUCAAAUAUGUCGAACACAGUGAUACGCAGUGAGCUAAUACGUUGCACAGUAGCGUAGUACGUUCCUCAGAUCAUUCGUUGGGAUGUGAAUGAUGCUGCGGAUUCGAACGAUGCUGCGGAUUCGAACGUUUGUUUACCUUGUCGCGCUUGUCUCGGCGGCGAGAUGCAGCGACAUAACACCCGCCGUGUUCGGGAACGUGUUGGACGGCAUGCCGGCGGCGUUCGGCGAUUUCAAUUCCGACGAAUUAACAGAUGUGUUCAUGCUGCGCAACGGUGGCCAGACGGUGGAGAUAUUCUUGGCGGCUGAGCAAGAACCUCUGCUGCGACCUAAGCCGGAUCUGAGUUGCCCGUUCAAGGACCACGUGACCAGCGUGGUACCUGGUGACUUCGAUGGCGACGUCUUCAUGGACAUCCUGGUGACGACGUUCAACCCCGAUCAAAAGCUCACGUAUGUGCACAUACUGUGGGGCGGGAACGGCCAUCUGAACUGCAGCGAUGAGUGGAAUCCCCUCAUAGAGAUGCACGAUCAGCCGUUAGCGGUGGACUACAAUCAAGACAUGAUAAUUGACCUCUUUGGGGUGGACAAGCACGGCAGAAGGAUGUUCUGGAUAUUUAAUGAGAAUAGAACAACUCCACGGGCCGUAGAGAUGCUCAAGGAUAAUUCGAUGCCGCUGGAGCCCGUGAGAAAUCCGCACUCGAACGCUUUCCUGGAUUUGAACAGCGACUUUCUGUCGGAUCUCGUGGUAACCACGAAAAAGUCCUUCGAGAUAUGGUUGGGCACAGAACAUGGAUUCGAGUUUUCCGAUGAGAUCGACCUUCCAUAUAAUAUAUCGGUCGAUAGAAAUUUUAAAGGGGAAUUCGGGCAGACUCUCUAUCUGGACGUCGAACUGACCGGUAAGAUGGCUCUCCUUCUGCCACUGUGCUUCGAUCAGGAUUGUACCAAUUGUACGAUAAUGAUGUAUUUGAACGGCUGGCACAAUUUGCGUGUAAACUUCCGUGACCCCAACAAUGUCUUGUGGGGCUUCGUGAAGCCCAAUGGUCAUCGUUACACGGAGACUAUCACUCUGCGGGGCGGCGACUUCAACAUGGAUGGCUAUCCGGAUUUACUAGCGACUCUGCAGUCUGCGAAACAAGCGCAAUCGUUUUUAUUGCAGAACGUGGCGUGCGAUAACUGCGCCGGCUUCAAUCGCACCUUCGACGUUAAGUGGCAGGCGUUGAAUCCGUUCUACAACGAGACCGCGAUGGCAGUAUUUUACGACUUCUAUCAGGAUGGCAUCCUGGACGUGAUUCUGGUUGAAUUCGAUAAGACGAACAACGCCUAUCGCACCGCGGCGUUCAAGAACAGUUUGGACUACGACGCUAAUUUUGUCAAGGUGAUGGUGCUCACUGGACGCACCAACAGCAUGUAUCCCAUCUCACCGGGUUCGCUCGGCAAGAAGAAAAGAACCUACGGCACCAAUCUGCCGGGACCGUCGAUCGCGUACAGAACCACCACGCAGGAUGGUAGUCCUCGCAACGCGAUCGCUGCGCAGUUACCCCAGAGCGCACAUUUCUCUCUUAACUUACCGUACACCACCUUCGGUCUGGGAAGAACGCCCAAUUUUGUGGAUGCUCUCACGAUAGGGGUUGGCGGCAAGUCGCGAGAAUGGCCGCAGAUUAUUCCGAAUUCCCAGAUGGUCGUGAUACCGAAUCCGAUUGCCGAACCAUCGAGAUGGAAGGCCCAACUAUUCGUCACGCCCAGCAAAUUAAUCUUACUGAGCGCGGCCGCCUUAUCUGGCACCUGCGCUUUGAUCACAUCUCUGAUUCUCGGUUUGUAUUGGAAGGAGAGAAGAGAGGACAAAAUCGAGAGGCUCCAGGAAGCGCACAGAUUUCACUUCGACGCGAUGUAGAGAAGUGAAUAUAAUAGGG